CAUAUACAGCAUAUAUAUAUGAUUGUGUAAACACAACGUUGUUUUAAAUGACAGCAUGGGACCCAUAAGCAAGAAAAAUCCAAGUAGCAACAAAAACCUUAAACAUGAGGACAGUCAACAAAAUGGGAAGAAACCAUUUAACAAAAAGAAAUAUCGUGAACAGAAGUACAGCAAUAAAUAUAAAGUGAAACAGUGGGAACAGAAAAGAAAGAAAACAUUACUUACACGUCUUUAUAAAGAUCUGGAAAGAGAUGAAAAAGCUGCAAAGUCAAGUUUAAAAAAUAGUGAUCCAUCAAAUAAUGCAAGUGAAUCUGUAAAUAACCGAUCAAGAAAUGCCUUCUUUUCAGCUAAAAAAGAGUUUCUAAAAAAGCAAGAAGAAAAACAAAGAAAAAUAGAAAAUAUUCUCAAAGCUAAAAAAGAGAAAGAAGAAGCAUUGAAAAAAUAUAAAGAAAAGAAAAUGAAAAACUUCAAAGUUUUGUCAAUGAAAACUAAGAAAGGUCAGCCAGUGAUGGCAGGCAGGAUGGAGCUUCUAUUGGAAAAAAUCAAAAACAGUACUUAAAAAACUUAUUAUUAUGAUUAAAUUAAUUUUGUUAAUAUUAUUUUAUAAAAGAAUAUAUUUAAAUUCAAUUAUUGAAAACAGACGAAAGUGUGUCUUGCAAAUUACAUCCUAUUUUAUGGAUCAUCUUGGUACACUUUUUUUGUUUGUAUACUUCGUUAUUCAAUUCUUAGAUUUCUCCUUUUUUAUUGUUACUUACUUAUAUUAUUAUAUCUAAGUUAUAAAAGUUCUUUAAUUUUAUUCAAAUUUAAGUUGUAUCAAGGGCAAGUCGAGUUGCCUGUGAACCAUUCAGAGAUUUUUGAUAACUGACUGUACAGGCUUUGCACCUUGUUCUUUAUCCGGGCAUUUUCUAACAUUUGUUUAUGGCUUUUUUCAUAUCAUUCAACAUAUUAAAAUUUAAUGCUCCAAAAAAA